GAGAGAGAGAGAGAGAGAGAGAGAGAGAGAGAGAGAAUAUUAUGUGUGUGGCCAAGGAAAAGGCAGGGUGUGUUAGUGUGAGAGAGGACAGAAGCAAAAGAUUUGAGAAAGACUAGUUUACUAGAGGGAGAAGUGUGAGCAAGAGGACAAGAGGUUACAAAGAAAAAUAGGAAUACAGAAAGGGAGAGAGGGACAGAAACUAAGUCAUAGCAGCUGCUUCAGACCAUCAGAGGACUGAGCCAAAGGGAACAGGAGAGAGUUUCUGCGCCAUGGGCAAAUCAGCUUCUAAGCAGUUUUCGGGGGAGGUGUUGCGGAGUCAUAACGAGUAUCGUAGGAAGCACCAGGCGCCCCCUCUGAAGCUGAGCAGCAAGCUGAGUAGAGAUGCCACUAGGUAUGCUGAGUCUCUGGCCAGCACACGGAUCCUGAAGCACAGUGUUGAGUCCAGUAAGGGGAGCUGUGGCGAGAACCUGGCCUGGGCCUCCUAUGACCAACCAGGGAAGGAUGUGGCCGACCGCUGGUAUGACGAGGUAAAACAAUACAACUUCAACCGCCCCGGCUUCUCCUCUGGCACAGGUCAUUUCACAGCAAUGGUGUGGAAGGGCAGUAAGAAGCUGGGUGUGGGGAAGGCCAGUGCGCCAGAUGGCUCGUCAUUCGUGGUAGCCAGGUACUUUCCAGCAGGGAACAUCACCAACCAGGGACACUUUGACAACAACGUCCUGCCGCCCAAGGACUGAGGAACAUACUGGCCCAUCACUCUCAUCCCCCAGGAGCUGACCAUCCAAAAGACAUUUGCACUUUGACUUGACUUUAUAUACAGUGGCAAGAAAAAGUAUGUGAACCCUUUGGAAAUACCUGGAUUUCUACAUAAAUUGGUCAUCAAAUUUGAUCUGAUCUUCAUCUAAGUCACAACAACAGACAAACAUAGUGUGGUAAACUAAUAACACACAAAGUAUUGUAUUUUUCUUGUCUAUAUUGAAUACAUCAUUUAAACAUU